AUGUACUCCCGCCUGCAAUCUCACCUGCGCAAGUUCUACGAGCUUUUUGGGAUCUACAAAGGUCUCCUGGACAAGGGCAAAUACGAGACUGCCCUCCGUGUCAACACCAAUGGCGCCGUCACCACUCGAAUCUUGGAGAGCGUCGUUCCUGGUCGCUUUCUCAAAGACAUGCACUUUGAGAGCCAGACGAGCCUUCAAACGGUGGUGACAAAGUUCGUGUCUGGGCAGCUCGACGCCAAGAAAGAGCUCUUCCUCUGCCUAAACCCCGCCUCCAGCGCUCUGUACGGCGGUUUGAGCAUCCUCCUUCGCUCGGGACAGCAUCCGGAGAAAGAGGAGUAUUGGCAGGAGACGGCGUGGCCCCUCAGCCCCCAAUAUCAGAGGCUCGCCGACAAGCUCUUUUCGACACUCAGCAAAGAAGAGCAGAAAGAGCGCCUUCAACGCGCCGCUCACAUUGCCGCGAUCGACGAGGAAGGUCGCCUGCCUCUACUGCCCUGGGCAACCUUCGAGGCUCAAGCUGGCGCGGCGGGGCUCCUCGUGCUGACCAACAGGCUCAAGGAGCUCAGGAUGCCGGAUGGGAAGAGGAUCACCAUCCUGACAUCCUACGGCAAGCACGCGAGGGAGAAGAGGUCCCAUGUCUACCAGAAGCUCGGCCUGGGCGAUCAUUGGGACAAGUGGGGGAGCGACGCCGACAACGCGUGGCCGCAGGUGAUGGCUCGGCUGGACCUCAGGGGGAACGACGGCAGUUUCCGCGCUCCAGGCCGUAUGACCAAGUCUGGCGCCGAGGACCGCCCACCUCUCUUGGCGGAGCAGAGGGCUGAGCUGAUGGCUGCCCCAUUCAACGGGCAGGGCAGCUGGAAGCGACUGCCUUUCUACAUCACGGCCCGACUCACAUGGGCCCCAUCUGGACCAUGA